CGCUGGCGGGAUUCAGUUCAAUCCAACGCGGACUUCUGACAUGGACUUGAGUCUAAAGAACUCUUGGAUGGACGGACCUUCGGCUUGAAUCCCUUGCUUGUCCUCCUCUUUUCUCGUUCAGGCGCUGUUCGGCCACCUGACAGAGAGAGAGAGAGAGAGAGAGAGAGAGAGAGAGAGGGGUAUGGCAUCGACUGGGGCAGAUGAAGGAUCGUUGGAGUACACUCCCACGUGGAUCGUAGCAGUAGUUUGCUCAGUCAUCGUUUUCAUCUCCCUCACCUUAGAGCGCAUUCUCCACUACCUUGGGAAGCAUUUGAAGAAAACGAAUCAGAAGGCUCUCUUUGAAGCACUACUAAAAGUCAAAGAAGAGUUGAUGCUUUUGGGGUUCAUUUCUCUGUUGCUGACUGUUUUUCAAGGGCCAAUCAGUCACAUCUGCAUCCCGAGAAACAUUGUUACUCACAUGCUUCCCUGUGAGAAGGAAUCUGCCUCUACAGAAACGAGCCACUUUCAAGUUUUCAGUUUCUCUAAUUUACUUGGCAGCAAAAGAAGACUUCUUGCAACAUCAGGCAGCUCUGAGCAUUGCACAUUGAAGGGAAAGGUCCAACUGCUAUCUUUGGAAGCAAUACAUCAAUUGCAUAUCUUUAUUUUUGUGCUGGCCAUUGUUCACGUUAUUUUCAGUGUCCUCACCAUGCUGUUGGGAGGUGCUAAGAUACGUCAAUGGAAGCAUUGGGAAGACUCAAUUGCAAAUGAUAAGUACAACAUGGAAGAGGUUUUAGGGAAAAAGGUAACCCAUGUUCAACAACAUUCUUUCAUCAGGGAACAUUCUCUUGGCUUCGCAAGAAAUUCAUCCAUUCUACGUUGGUUGUUUUCUUUUUUUAAACAAUUCUACGCAUCUGUGACUAAAUCAGAUUACAUCACCUUACGUCUUGGUUUCAUUAUGACCCACUGCAAAGGGAAUCCAAAAUUUAACUUUUACAAGUACAUGAUGCGGGCUCUUGAAGCUGAUUUUAAGAAAGUUGUUGGUAUAAGCUGGUAUCUCUGGGUUUUUGUUAUGAUCUUCCUGUUGCUUAAUGUUGGUGGAUGGCACACAUACUUCUGGAUUGCAUUUAUUCCACUAAUUCUUCUUCUUGCUGUUGGUGCGAAACUGGAACAUGUCAUUACUAAAUUGGCACAUGAUGUUGCUGAUAAACACACUGCCAUAGAAGGAGAUUUGGUGGUUCAGCCCUCGGACAAUUACUUUUGGUUUCGUAGCCCUCGUCUUGUCCUCUACUUGAUCCACUUCAUCCUCUUUCAGAAUGCCUUUGAGAUCGCUUUUUUUUUCUGGAUUCUGACAACAUACGGCUUUGACUCCUGCAUAAUGGGACAAAUUGGUUUCAUUAUUCCAAGGCUUAUAAUUGGGGUCAUUAUUCAAGGCCUUUGCAGCUACAGCACUCUGCCACUUUAUGCAAUUGUCACACAGAUGGGGAGUUCAUUCAAGAAGGCAAUAUUUGAUGAGCAUGUGCAUGAGAGCCUACUUGGUUGGGCUCAAAAGGUGAAGAAAAGAAAAGGAUUUAAACCAACCAAAGAAGGUGGAGAUGCUUCAAGCCAUACAAACAGGGCAAGUGGAUCCUCGGACGGUAUUGAGAUGCAAAAAGUAGUAACAGAAUCCUUGCUAGAAGCUGGUAAUGCUAAUAUCACCAAAGCUUUAUCUCCUGCACCAAGGGCGUCAUGAAGUUACACAUCUGCAAGCUUUCAAGCAUCAGGGUACACAUUAGGUAGCCUGGCAUAUUUAGUCAUGCUGUAGCUCCUGUGUGGUUAUUUCUGCAAGUGAAGCCAGACAUCCAUGAAAGGUUUUCCCUUAAUGUUGAGUCAGUAAAGAAUGUAAGUUUAUACUUGGUGUGGAUUGUUGUAAAAAGCAACUGUUGCUUUGUCCCCUAACUGCAGGCACUAUUGUACCAAAAACUAGGUAUCUUGUGUAUUUCUAAAUAUAAUUGAGAAAACACCGGUUGAUUUCUUA